GCUCUUUCCUUCGUCCGGGUAUUUUACAGUCCGCUGUGUGGCUGAGGAGGCGGGAAAUGGCGCCUAGUGCUGCAGUGAAUAAAACCUAAUUUAAUCACAACAAAACACAGGAAAGCGGCUUUCAUUAAAACAAGCCUGGAACUGGGAUUGUCUCGGUGGCACCUAUCGAGACCCAGACAGUCUGUUUUACGGCUUUAACUUAAUAGAUGUGACCGUUAAGCAAAAUGAAGCUGAGAGUGCGUGAGGCAUCUCGGCCGCCGAACCCGAGCCCGUCUCGCACCCGUCAACGAGCUCGGAAACCCGAACGCAGACGCUCGCGGUGCUCCCUCAGGGGAAAGGGCCUUCUGAAGACCGUCAACCAUCACAAGGCGGUGAAGGUGGAGCUGAAGAAACAAGGAGGAGCCAAGAGAAGUCGUGUGAGCUGUGACCUCAUCACGUCGUCCCCGCUAAGCGCCGAAGACCGCAGGAAAGGCAUCGGACGCAGGAGCCGCUCUGUCAGACAGGGCGAGGUGCAACAAACCAGGAACCAUGGCUCAACUAAACAAACCAGGAGCAGUGUAAAGUUGGAGGCUGUAGAUGCUUUAAACAGUCCUCCCCGAACCACCAUGCUCGGAACCGUCUUCUCUCCGGUCUUCAACUACUUUUCCCCGGCCAAUAGAACAGGUGAGGUGUUCACCACCACCACCACUGGAGUCCACAACAUCUCAGGUUUGGACCUGCCGGGUCAGGCCAUGGAGGCAGAGGAGAUCAUAAAGCAGCUGGACAUGGAGCAGAUGGAGGAGAUGCCAAUGGGCACAGUCACAUCAGCACCGGGGCAGUGUGCCCCACCGUACCCCAUUGCCAUGUUCCCCUACCACAGCCACACAGAAGAUGAGAAAGUGGAUGUGGUCACUCAUGUUGAUCUGCCUCCUCUUACAGCUGUAGGAUAUCCCUCAGUCAGUGGUUAUGUGGAGGUUCCUGCCUGCGUCCCUGACCCGUCGUGUGAGGAAGACUGGGAGACGUUUGACCCGUAUUUCUUCAUCAAGCACAUACCUCCUCUGACUGAGGAGCAGCUGACUCGUAAACCUGCUCUGCCCCUAAAGACACGCAGCACGCCCGAGUUCUCCCUCGUCAUAGAUCUGGAUGAAACUUUAGUUCAUUGCAGUCUGAACGAGCUGGAGGACGCGGCGCUGACGUUUCCGGUGCUUUUCCAAGAUGUUAUUUACCAGGUGUAUGUACGGUUGCGGCCGUUCUUUCGAGAAUUUCUCCAGCGGAUGUCUCAGAUUUACGAGAUCAUUCUGUUCACUGCUUCCAAGAAGGUUUAUGCAGAUAAGUUGCUGAACAUUCUCGAUCCGAAGAAGCAGUUAGUCAGACACAGGUUAUUUCGCGAACAUUGCGUCUGUGUCCAGGGAAACUACAUCAAAGAUCUGAAUAUUCUCGGCAGAGAUCUCUCUAAGACCAUCAUUAUCGACAACUCGCCGCAAGCUUUCGCGUAUCAGCUGUCUAACGGGAUCCCGAUCGAGAGCUGGUUCAUGGACAGGAACGACAGCGAGCUUCUCAAGCUGGUGCCUUUUCUAGAAAAGCUGGUGGAGUUGAACGAGGACGUGCGGCCACACGUACGCGAGCACUUUCGUCUGCACGACCUGCUGCCUCCUGACUGAAUCUCAGGAGAACGCGGACGAGUAACGGGGACUGACGAAAACGAGGGAAAACCAGCCUUUCUGUUUUAAAAAAAAAAUGCUUGCCUUUUUAUAUUUCCUUCCUGCCGUUACAGACCUGAGAGGCGGGGAAAAGAACGAGGAUUUUAACCCGGGGUACAGACGAGGACGUCUGGGUCUCGGCCCUCCGAAAGAUCGUCAGAGUUUUGUUUUGUUUCGUUUCGUUUUGCGUCUCAUCUGUCAGCAUUCUUUUGCCAGUUUCUUUUAAAAUUAGAAUAGGGAUUAUUUUAGAUUUUUUUUUACAUAGUUCUUUGAAGCAUAUUCUUUGUAUAUUAUUGUGUAUCAUUCAGUAAUUACUGUAAAACAGAAUGUAGGUAGGAAUGUCAACAUUCAACGGCCACUUUAAUAGGAACAUGUGUACCUCAAUGGCUCCACCCAUCCCUCUGUUUUUUUUAACUGAAAUCUGUUGUAACCCUCAAUGUGUGUGUGUGUGGAGCUUUAAGGUCCGAUGUGUUCUGAGAGUCUUUUCUUUUUAACACGGAUGUAACGUGAGUGUGUGAGUGUGAGUGAGUGUGAGUGUGAGUGAGUGUGUGUGAGUGAGUGUGUGAGUGAGUGUGUGAGUGAGUGUGUGAG